AAAAUGGGUGCACCUCACCUCCACCCCCAAAAUGCAUCUUCCAUCUAGGUGGCCGCGCUUGUCCCCUCUUCCCUCAACAUCCCCAACCACCUUUGCUUAUAUAAUGUCUCUCUUCUCCUCUUCCACUUCCCUCAUCUCUCUCUCCCCCUUCAACUUCAUUAAUUCAACCCCAACAUUUCAUUUCAAUUCCAAUUCACCAUGCCUGCCGAUCUAAACCUCCGAUUAGGCCUCCCCGGCUCCGACCAAUCCGACAAGAGCAACAAGAGAUCCUCCCCGGAGACGGCCGAGGACACCGCCUCCAACGGAGUCCCCGCCGCCAAGUCCGCCGACGACCACGAAACUGCACCCGCGCCAAAAGCGCAGAUAGUCGGGUGGCCCCCCGUGAAGUCGUACCGUAAAAGCACGGCGAAGAAGGCGGAGACGGAGAGUGGGAUGUAUGUGAAAGUGAGCAUGGACGGAGCUCCUUAUCUUAGAAAGAUUGAUAUCAAGCUUUACAAUGGUUAUUCCCAUCUUCUCACUGCUUUGGAAGACAUGUUCAAGCUCUCUAUAGGUGAAUAUUCAGAGAGGGAAGGAUACAAAGGGUCCGAAUAUGCUCCAGCCUAUGAGGAUAAAGAUGGAGAUUUGAUGCUUGUUGGAGAUGUUCCAUGGGAGAUGUUCAUGUCGUCUUGCAAGAGACUUAGAAUCAUGAGGGGAGCGGACGCAAGAGGAUUGGGUUGUGCUCAGUAGUUCUUGGUUGUCGUUGUUGUUGUUGUUGUCGUCGUCAUAUAUAUAUAUAGAUAUAUGUGUGAAGAAAUGAAGGAGGAAGAUGAUGAUCUGAGAGGAACAGAUGAUUCAUCGAACUUGGGAUGUGGAAGAAUUGAUUAAUCUAGAUUUUGAGAUUAAUUGAUUUCCAUGUAUUCAUUCAAACAGUUUUUUUAGCUACCAAAUAUAUAUAUGCCUCGUUUGAGAGGCUGAACUGGAUUAUAUAAAUAUAUAUGUACUCCUAGUAAUUAAAUUACAGUGUUUUAUUUAGAGUGUGAAAA